CGCUACCGCUGCCGCCUGGUUACCCCGAGCCGGACGCUGCCGCCGGUCCCCACUCGGCCCACUCCUUCAUCUGAAUGGGAAGUUGGGGAACAUGGACGGGGUCGUGCUGGCGCGGAUCGCUCUCUUCUGGCUAACAGCCAUGGCUGAUGGCCUUCAAGUCACGGUGCUUGACAAGAAGAAGGUGGCCAUGCUUUUUCAGCCCACUGUGCUUCGCUGCCACUUCUCCACGUCCUCCCAUCAGCCUGCAGUCGUGCAGUGGAAGUUCAAAUCCUACUGCCAGGAUCGCAUGGGGGAGUCCUUGGGCAUGUCCUCUCCCCGGGCCCAGUCUCUCAGCAAAAGAAACCUGGAAUGGGACCCCUACUUGGAUUGUUUAGACAGCAGGAGGACUGUUCGAGUGGUAGCUUCAAAACAGGGCUCAACCGUCACCCUGGGAGAUUUCUACAGGGGCAGAGAGAUCACGAUUGUGCAUGAUGCAGAUCUUCAAAUUGGAAAACUCAUGUGGGGAGACAGCGGACUCUAUUACUGUAUCAUCACUACCCCUGAUGACCUGGAGGGCAAAAAUGAGGACUUGGCAGAGCUGCUGGUGUUGGGCAGGACAGGGCUGCUUGCUGAUCUCUUGCCCAGUUUUGCUGUGGAGAUUAUGCCAGAGUGGGUGUUUGUUGGCCUGGUGAUCCUGGGAGUCUUCCUCUUCUUCGUCCUGGUGGGGAUCUGCUGGUGCCAGUGCUGUCCACACAGCUGCUGUUGCUACGUCCGCUGCCCGUGUUGUCCACAUUCCUGCUGCUGCCCUCAGGCCUUGUACGAAGCAGGGAAAGCAGCAAAGGCUGGGUACCCUCCCUCUGUCUCCGGUGUCCCCGGCCCUUACUCCAUCCCCUCUGUCCCCUUGGGAGGAGCCCCCUCAUCUGGCAUGCUGAUGGACAAGCCGCAUCCACCUCCCCUGGCACCAAGUGACUCCACUGGAGGAAGCCGCAGUGUUCGCAAAGGUUACCGGAUUCAAGCCGACAAAGAGAGAGACUCCAUGAAGGUCCUGUACUACGUUGAGAAGGAACUGGCUCAAUUUGAUCCAGCCAGAAGGAUGAGAGGCAGAUAUAACAACACCAUCUCUGAACUCAGCUCCCUGCAUGAGGAGGACAGCAACUUCCGCCAGGCCUACCACCAGAUGAGAAGCAAGCAGUUCCCUGUGUCCGGGGACUUGGAGAGCAAUCCUGACUACUGGUCAGGUGUCAUGGGGGGCAGCAGUGGGGCAAGCCGGGGGCCCUCAGCCAUGGAGUAUAACAAAGAGGACCGGGAGAGCUUCAGCCAGCAGCGCUCCAAGUCAGAGAUGCUGUCCCGGAAGAACUUCGCCGCCGGAGUGCCGGCCGUGUCCAUGGACGAACUGGCGGCCUUCGCCGACUCGUACGGGGCGCGCUCCCGCCGGGCCGACGGCGACAGCCACGAGGCGCGGGGCGGGGGCCGCUUCGAGCGCUCGGAGAGUGACUUUCCAACCAGGAUGUCACUUGUGGUCUGA